AAUAAUAUUAUUAUACCAGUAUUUGUAUCUGGCCCUGUGGCGUCAUCGUGCACCCAACACCCUACCAAUUUUUCGAUUUUUGGACUUGUCGUACCGGUAGAGUAGCAUUUGUGGUGAGGGAGGUUUCUACUGCAUUUACUAAUAGAGGUAGCCAGGCAGAGCACCAAACAGGCAUCAGGCAACAUCAUGGCACCAGGAAGCAAAACUCUACCACCAACCUCAAUACUUACCAUAUCGCUUGUCGCGCUCUCGCUGACAGCAUUGAUUUCCAACUUUCUGAUUGCAAAUCACGUCUCUCAACUCAGUCAUACAAGUCCGGUGCUUGCUUCCUCCUUGAGGAAAUUCCGUCAAAGAGAAAGAGCGCCUCGUCUAUUGCUACCAUCAGCAAAAACGUUUCGGCGCAAGAAACUGCAACUCGACGAUGAUGAAGAGAUCACAAGGCAGCAGUUAAAUGGGAUGAGCAUGAGCAACAAGCUGCCACUGCCCGACGAACAUCCCGUGGACAAUCCAAGCCCACCACCAUCAGGCAAUGAUACCUUUGCGGCUUGCUUAUUAGUCAUGGACGACAACCAUCGAGCCGUGGAGUGGAUGGCAUAUCAUUAUCAUGUGCUACCCUUACGAUACCUCAUUGUGGCGGUAGAUCCGCGGAGCAGGACCAAACCCACCGCCAUCUUGAACAGAUACCGAAAAAUGGGCGUCUACAUUGAAGAAUGGACCGAUCAUGACUUUCUCGAUCCUCGGUUGGCAAAGAAAAAACUUGACAAUGAUGCACGCUUUCAAGUCAAGAGAGACCGGCAUCGAGCAAGGCAAAAAGUGUUCUAUAGAUCCUGCUUGGUCAAGAUGAAAGCUGCAAAUAGAACCUAUGUAACUAUGCAUGAUACUGACGAAUAUCUCGUCUACAAUCAACCACCGCCAACGCCUUGGAAGAAGACACACACACCAAACACUGCGGAACAAGGAGCAAUGAUCAGGUACAUCCAGCAACAACAAGCAAGUGGAAACGACUACUUCGGUCCAUGCAUUAGCGUCCCAAGACUUCACUUUGGUGCUGUAGAGUCAACUUUGCAAGAAAGGGCCAAAGACAUGCCUCGAGGCUUUGAUGCUGAACAGCUGGAUACUUUUCGUUGGAGAAAGCACUGCAAGCGAGACGACUUUGUCCACAACAAUUUGGCAAAGGUUAUCAUUGAUGUGUCUCGCGUCAACCUGUCCGACACUCCUCGCUUUCGAAGUCUUCACAGGCCAAUACCUUCCAUUUGCCAAGCGCCGUGGGUAAAGGAUAAAGAAGCCGGCCUGCGAAUCAAUCAUUACCUGGGAUCUUGGGAGAGUUUUAGUUUUCGUGAUGAUUCUCGAAGGGGUGGCGAGAGAUCACGAGAAGCCUGGGAAUUUCAAGCAGGGGAUCAACAAGAAACGGAUGACAACAUCCGACCCUGGCUUGAUGGUUUGGUCCAGACAGAGGGAUAUGACAAGGCAAAAGAGCUGCUGCAUGGUGCAGGCUUGCCAAAGUCCUAUCGCAACCAGAACGAUACGGCUUGGAGGUCCAUGUGGGUGCAAGACAUUCUUCAAAAGAAUGAAACAGAAGGAACCAAUCCAAGGAACCACGAGUUUGAUGCGUUUGUUCGUCGUAAAUUCCAAUCAGCAUGAUCAAAAGUUCCUUCCGCAUAUCGUUGUCUGCAUUGAGUAAACUCUACAAAGGUGCUGUACAAAUCGUAAAUGUAAAUAAACUUGUUGACUGCGACCAUUGCCCUCCAUUAGGCUGCCAGAAGUCCUACUAGCUAGCUCCUCAGCAAAACGAAAACGUGGAAAGACAAGCAGCCUGGCCUGGAAAAAACCAUUGGGUCUACAGUAGAUGCAAGCAGCAUACAUGUAGUGGGUGCUGGCUGUACCAAGGGCUGAC